UUUCUGGGAAGCGUAGUCCAGGAGGUCUCUGUAGGCAGAGUCACUUCCGCCCCAGGUACUCGAAGCCGCGGCCUGCAUUCCUCUCGGAAAGGUCCCUGCCUUUCCCUAGGAAAAGGAGAAAAUGACCAAGUUCCAGGAGGCGGUGACGUUCAGGGACGUGGCUGUGGUCUUCACGGAGGAGGAGCUGGGGCUGCUGGACUCCACCCAGAGGAAGCUGUACCGAGACGUGAUGCUGGAGAACUUCAGGAACCUGUUGUCAGUGGGGAAUCAGCCCUUCAAACCAGACCUUAUAUCCCAGCUAGAGAGAGAAGAAAAGACGGAGAAAAGACUUUUGACGACGGAGACAGAAACCCAGAGAGAUGGGUGUUCAGGAACCAAGAAUCAACAUAAUACGGAGAGGACUCAAGAAGUGGGAUUGAACUACCCUUCCCCCGAAGAGCUUUCCUCCUGGCAGACCUGUCAACAAGGCACGUUAACCAGGUGUCAAGAUUCCAUGAAAAAUUUUCAAGGGAAUACUAUUUCUAAGUUGCAAAAACAAGGUGAUUCCCCAAGCCAGGUUUGGACAGGAAUACCAAUUCAGAUUUCUGAAGAUGGGAACUAUAUAUUGACUCACAUGAGGGAUGGUUCCAGUUACACAAAAAAUCAAGAAUUUUCACCUUGGCGAGCCCAGAAUUCUUGGAGGAAAAUGUAUCUGAUAGAGUCACAUAAUCAUCAGUGUAGAUGUCAGCAAAUUUCCAUGAAAAAUAAUUUCUGUAAGUGCGACAGUGUCAGUUGGAGCUUACAUCACAAUCAUAAUCUGGGAAUACACAAAACAGAAAAAAACUACAGCUGCCAUGACUGUGGAGAAGACAUCAUAAAGAUUUCAUUGCUUAAUGAAGACUUAAUGCAAAGAGGGCAAAAGCCCUACCCCUGUAAUAAGUUCAGAAAAGCCUUCAGUGAUGACUUUAGCUCUGAAGUUUAUCAGCAGUUGCACUUAGAAGCGGAGCCCCGUACAUACAGUCCGCUUGGAAAGGACUGUAGUUACAAUUCAGUUCAAAUUCAUCAAAGUGCUCAUGGGGGAGAGGAUUGUGUUUUGGAGAGUUCACAUCUGCAGUCUCAUCAGAGAGGACGUACAGAGGAGGAGCCAUGUAAAUGUGAGCACGGUGAGAACUUUCAUCGGUGCUCCUCUCGCCACACUUACGAACUUAUUCACACAGGAGAGAUGCCCUAUAGAUGCAGCAUAUAUGAGAAAGCCUUAGAUCUUAAUAGUAUUUUUAGGGUUUGUCCUGGGGAGGAACCCCAUGAAUAUGAGGAGAAUAGGAAUGUCUUUAACCCGAGUUCUUGUCUUCAAGUCCAUCAGAAAAUCCACACAAAAGAGAAACUAUACACAGAUGUGGAGUGUGAGAAGGGUUUCAGCUGCAGCUCAAAUCUUAACGGUCAGCAUAGAGUUCACAUGGGAGAGAUUCCCUAUAAUUCUGAGGACGGUGGUAAUGGCUUCCGUCUGGCCUCACACUUUCAGAACCUUCCGAUAGUCCACACUAGGGAACAACCAUAUAAACAUGUAUGUGGUGACAGCUUCAACCAAAAUUCAUACCUUCAAGGCCAUCAGAAAAUGCGCAUGGGAGAGAAACCUUAUAAGGAGUGUGGGAAUGGCUUCAAUUGGAGUUCAAAACUUAAAGAUCAUCAGAGAGUCCACACAGAAGAGAAGCGGUACAAAUGCAAUGCUUGUGGUAAAGGCUUCAGUCAUAGGUCAGUUCUUAAUGUCCAUCAGAGAGUGCACACAGGAGAGAAGCCUUACAAAUGUGAGGAGUGUGAUAAAGGAUUCAGUCGGAGCUCAUACCUUCAAGCCCACCAGAGAGUCCACACUGGAGAAAAACCGUACAAAUGUGAGGAGUGUGGGAAGGGAUUCAGUCGCAAUUCAUACCUCCAGGGCCAUCAGAGAGUUCACACUGGAGAGAAACCAUACAAGUGUGAGGAGUGUGGGAAGGGCUUCAGUCGGAGUUCACACCUUCAAGGCCAUCAGAGAGUCCACACGGGAGAGAAACCAUUCAAAUGUGAGGCGUGUGGGAAGGGAUUCAGUUGGAGCUUUAACCUUCAAAUUCAUCAGAGGGUUCACACAGGAGAGAAACCCUAUAAAUGUGGAGAAUGUGGGAAGGGCUUCAGUAAGGCAUCAACUCUUCUGGCCCAUCAGAGAGUUCACACGGGAGAGAAGCCAUACCAAUGUGAUGAAUGCGGUAAGAGCUUCAGUCAGAGAUCGUACCUUCAAAGCCAUCAGAGUGUCCACACUGGAGAGAGACCAUACAUCUGUGAGGUAUGUGGGAAGGGCUUCAGUCAGAGAGCAUAUCUUCAAGGUCAUCAGAGGGUCCACACUAGAGUGAAACCAUAUCAAUGUGAGAUGUGUGGGAAGGGCUUUAGUCAGAGUUCACGCCUUGAAGCACAUCGGAGGGUCCACACAGGAGGGAAACCGUACAAAUGUGAGGUGUGCACAAAGGGCUUCAGUGAGAGUUCACGCCUUCAAGCACAUCAGCGGGUCCACACAGAAGGGAGGCCCUAUAAAUGCGAACAAUGUGGUAAGGGCUUCAGUGGGUUUUCAAGUCUCCAGGCCCAUCACAGAGUCCAUACUGGGGAAAAACCAUAUAAAUGUGAGGUUUGUGGAAAGGGCUUCAGUCAGAGAUCAAACCUUCAGGCUCAUCAGAGAGUCCACACAGGAGAGAAACCAUACAAAUGUGAUGCAUGUGGUAAGGGUUUCCGUUGGAGCUCAGGUCUUCUGAUUCAUCAAAGAGUCCACAGUGGUGAUAAAUUCUAUAAAAAUGAGUAUGGUAAGGACUAUCUUUCAUCAGAGAGUCCAUACAGAAAUGAAGUUCUGUAAUAUAGUGUUCUCUUUUGUUUUUGUUUUGUUUUGAAGUCCUCAAAUGGGAGCUGAAUUUUUCCAUUCACUGGAAUUCUUAUAGUAGAAAAAGAAUUUCCUCAAUGAAAAUGUAACAUUUCUACCCAACCUCAACAUUACAGUAGUCAGGAGACCACACAGCAGAGACAUCUUAACGAGAGGCAUUCCAUAAGGGAUUUUUGUCAGAACUGUAACAUCAGUCAUUGCACAUGACUUGAACUAAUUGGACUAAGGCUUAUAAAAAAAUAAAGAGUAUGGUCAGAAAUUUAACAAAAGUACAGUGAUGGGCUUGCCUAAAUCCAUGUCCUCUAGAAUGUAAGCUUAAUGAGAGAAGGCGCUUCAUUCAUUGCUAAGUUUAUAAAUCUAUGACAUUGCAUAACUCAAUGUCGGUGCUCAGUACUUUUUGCUAAGUGACUGUAAGUGUGUAAAGGUAUCAUGUUUGAAAUUUGUGUUGAGCUCACCCCCCCCAAAAAAAAAUACCAUUAAAAAUGUAUUUGGAAGAGGAAUCCUACAAGUAACCGUUAAUAUAAUCAUUUCAAGUAGAUAAAUAUUUGAAAUAUAGAACAUCAAGCAAUAUUGCAAUCUGAAAUUACAUGAAUUUGGUUGUAACCUUGUUGGGAUUGGUUUCUAUCCUUUGUCUCAUCUUAAGCAGGGAUGAACUGAAUUUCUUAUUAUUUGGUCUCUUUCUGUAUACAGUUUAAGUUUAGGUGUGUGUGUGUGUGUGUGUGUGUGUGUGUGUGUGCACUUGAAAUGACAGUGCAAACUGAUAAGCAAUGUUUCUGGUUAACCUUUGCAAAAAUGGAACACUGCAUUUUACAUUACAUAGUUGAAUUUUUAC